AAUGUAUGUUCGUAUGUAACGUGUGUUAAGUAUUGGUUAAUGUUAUGAAUCUAAAUGUUAUGACUGUUUGUAUUAGUGAUGACAUGACAUGAAUGUGUUGGUAAAGACACUGUGAUCUUAGUGUUGAACAAACAGAUCCAGUGAUGUCUUGGUUCAAACAGACGAAACGAUCAUUUGUUGAAAGUGUUUGCAUCAAUGUUUUGAAGUGCGGACCGAUUCCCCGACACGUGGCCUUUAUUAUGGACGGCAACCGGCGUUACGCCCGUAAGUCUGCCGUAUCGACCAUUGAUGGCCACAAACAAGGUUUUGAGAGAAUGACUCAAAUGCUUGAGUGGUGUCUGGAUUUGGGUGUCGAUGAGGUAACAGUCUAUGCCUUUGCCAUCGAUAACUUCAAGCGUUCAGAUGAAGAAGUUAACAAUUUAAUGGACUUCGCAAAUGAAUUGUUUCACAAGUUAUUACAAGAUAAGGACAAUCUUAACGAAACGGGUAAAGCGAUCCGAUUUUUUGGUGACUUAACUCUAUUGAGACCAGAUAUCCAGCAAUUGGUGGCAGAGGUUGAACUGUCGACUCAAAACAAUACACAAAAAGUAUUAAAUAUCGCUAUUUCUUACUCUUCACGUCAUGAGAUCACAAAUGCAUUACAAGAGUUGCAGACUUGUGUACAAAAUGAUAUAAUCAAAGARUCAGAUAUAACUGAAUCACUUAUUUCUCAGUUCUUGUAUUCCAAUCACUCAUCAGAACCCGAUCUUUUGAUUCGCACCUCUGGUGAAGUACGACUGAGUGACUUCUUAUUGUGGCAAACAAACUAUUCAGUGAUUGCUUUUGCAAAUGUUUUAUGGCCUGAAUUUACAAUUUGGGAUCUUUUCUCUGCUAUUAUUUAUUAUCAGAGAAACUGUAGUUUUUCUGAAACUGCAAAACAUAAGCACCAAUUAAGGUUGAAGUCUAUUGAAGACAAACAGACGCAAGAAGAAUGGAUGGCCAGCGAUGACAUUGAUUUAGAUUUAUUUAUUGCUAAUAAAAGAGAGCGUUUGACCAAAUGUUUACAAUAUUUAGAAAAUAAACGUUUAAACCAAUUGAAAUCAUUGGCUAAAUCAACGCUAAUUACAACUAAAACUUAG